AUGAUGUUCUCCAAGUCUGGUCUCGUGGCUGCAGCCAUGCUCGGGGCCUCUGCAGUCGAAGCUCAUAUGAAGAUGAGCAAACCCAUUCCCUACAGCGACUCGAGCCUUAACAAUUCCCCUCUCGCUGCUGACGGAAGUGACUUCCCCUGCAAGCUCCGGGACAACGCCUUCGUGGCUCCUUCGGAGGAGACCAUCGCUCAGAUCGGUGAGGCUAUGCCCUUGACCUUCACCGGCAGCGCCACGCACGGCGGUGGUUCUUGCCAGGUCAGUUUGACCACCGACCUCAAGCCUUCCAAGGACUCCACUUGGAUGGUUAUCAAGUCUAUUGAAGGUGGAUGUCCCGCCAACGUGGACGGCAAUAUGUCGGGUGGUGCUGGCGCCGCGGAUCCGUUCGAAUUCAACUACACCAUCCCUGCUGGCAUUGAGCCCGGCAAAUAUACUCUGGCCUGGACCUGGUUCAACCGCAUCGGUAACCGUGAGAUGUACAUGAACUGUGCUCCCAUCACGGUCACCAGCGGCUCCACCAAGCGCGAUGCAGCCCCUGUCGCCGAGAAGGUCGAGGUUGAGAAGCGCUCCUCCAGCUUUCCCGCCAUGUUCGUCGCCAACAUCAACGGUUGCACCACCAAAGAUGGCGUUGACAUUCGCUUCCCCAACCCUGGUGAUGCUGUCGAGUACGACGGAAACCCGAGCAAUCUCCAGGCCUCUGGUGAAGCUGCGUGCUCUGGUACUCCCGCGUGGACUGUCAGCGGCGGCUCUAGCUCUCCUUCCACUGCUGCAAGCUCCUCUUCCACUACAGCUGGUGCCGGUGCCGGCGUCAGCGUCAGCGUUGGCGCAUCUGUCGGUGCUACUGCCGCUCCCACCGCUGCGCCUGAACCCAGCAGCAGUGAGCCUGCCGAGUCUGAAGGUGUUUUCGCUCCUACUUCGGCUACUGUCGUCCCUGCGCGGCCUACGGCGUCCGCCGCACCCUCGUCUUCGUCUUCCGGUAGUGGCUCUGGGUCCGGUUCCUCUUCCUCGAGCUCUGGAGCCUUGACUGGUUCCUGCAGCCCCGAGGGUCUCUGGAACUGCAUCGACGGCUCUUCCUUCCAGCGCUGCGCCAACGGUCAAUGGACCGUGGCUCAGCAGAUGGCGGCUGGUACUCAGUGCACCGUCGGCCAGAACGCGAAUUUCGCCAUCUCGGCCACAGCUGUGAAGCCUCGCAUGAUCAACGCCAUGCGCCACAGGAAGUGCGCUCACGGUGGCCACCGCCACGCUUAA